AUGCUUGCCAGCAUUCUCAUCGCAGCCGCCGUCUCCGUCGCGGCGGCACCACAGCUGGCAAUACGUGAUCAGGUCGACGUCACCGCCGCCUGCACCAGCUUCCAGGUCUACGGCGGCUGCCAGCUGAUCGCCGCGUGCUCCUCGACCGGCAAGAAGGGCGACGGCGGCCAGAUCAAGGACACCAUGCUGCCGCUCGGCCGGUGCCUCGCCGUCAACUCGACGAGCCUAGAGUUUGCAUGGAGGGAGAAGUCUGUGCCGCUCGAGUCUUCGGGGUCAUGCGUUCCGUGUGAGAGUUCUUGCACGGUCAACUCAGAGUCGGGAGAGCUUGCUUGCUCCUGCUUCGAUCAGUCGCGACCAGACAUGGGGACCAGGCAAGCCCAGAUAGGACUGAAUGGCCACGUAUAUAGCAAAGAUGGUGUGCUCGGAUGUUUGGAUGUUACUGGCAGUCCUUACAGUGCGCCCUGA